AUGAAGAAGGGGCACACUAGUGAUGGCGAGGGACCUAUUGGCGUCCUGCGCGGCAAGGACACCCACAGCAGCAGCGAGGUGCACUCAUUCAGUUCCUCAACCUUCUCCUCGUCCACGGCGGGAGAACGGUUGCCGGCCACCCAGGCAGCGACCGCCCCCACAACGGAGGAACAGCAGCAGCAGCAUCCACCGCGGGAGGGUGGUGUUUUCGCCCUUGCGCGUGAUGUCGUGCUGCAGGUGUGGAACAUCGUCAAGGAACUCCAAAAGGAGGAACUUCCGUGGAUGAAAGAUUUUUUCGACCGGGAGCAGUUCGUUCCUCCGAAAAGCCUCGGGGAUGCGGUUUCUCGCGCAAACCUCAACCUUCCUUUUUACGCCGCAAAUUAUGCCGUGAUCUGCUACGUCGUCUUGCUGCCUUUUCUCCUAUUGUACAACCCGCUGUUUUUUGUGCUGAUUGGCGUGUCCGCGGUUACGCUGCACAGCAUAUACCUGGCUGAGAGGCAGCGGUCGGUGUACGGGACGAGGAUGUGCAUCGGUGGCUUUUCGGUGCUGUAUCGGCGCCUCGCAGAUGUUUUUCUCGUUGUCUUGCUGCUUCUCUUUCUGUUCGGGGACGGUCUUCGCACAAUGGGGGCUGUGCUCUUUAUUACCGGCGUCCUCGUUCUUCCACACGCAGUGCUGCGUCGGCCGACGUACUUUGACGACGAGGAGUUGGAGAAGCUGCGCCCCAAGAUGGUGCAGUACAUCAUCAUCUUUGUGCUGCUUCUGCUGGCCUACUUGGAAGGCAAGGAGUCCGACGGGGGGCGCAGCUACCACCACCACCACCACCACGACGAAAACAAUGCCCAGCACAGCCACAAACGCGGCAAGGAGGUCGAGGAAAAGGAAUGA